AUGGGAUCCAUAUGCUUAAAAGAACGGCUAUAAGUAGAAGAAAAAUCUAAUUCAAUAGACAAAAGAGAUGAAAAGGAGGAAGAUGAAGAUGAAGAAAUGUAUUCUUAGUUUCCUUAAUAAGAUUAAGAAAGCUAAAAGAUCUCAUUAAGUUAAUUCAUAAUGUUAAGAGUAUUAAGAGAAUAUAAUAAAAGAUAAAAUAAGAGUUAUUACUUUAUUUAAUUUAAGAAUUAGGAAAAGGCAACUUAUGGAAAAGUAAUUUUAGUUUAACAUACUGUUUCUCUAAAAUUAUAUAAAUGCAAUCAAAAUGUUAAUAAAGAGGGCAGUGAAAAAAAUUCACAGAAAAAAACAUAUUUAAAUAGAAAGAAAGAUUUUAAAAAUGAUCAAUCAUAAUUUUAUUACCUGAUUUAGAGUAAGGCAAAAUAUAUUUGAUAAUGAAAUUUGUAUCAGAAGGAGAACUAUUCUAUCAUUUCAAAUUAAAAAGUAGAAUGACAGAAAGAAAGAUGAAGUUCUAUGCAGCAGAAAUUUUAGUAGGAUGAGAUUAUUUACAUUAAAAAGAAAAUUAUAUAUAGAGAUUUAAAACCAGAAAAUAUUUUGUUAGACUCAAAUGGACAUUUAAAAUUAUAUGCUUUU